AAUUCCUCUACGCUACUUCUCCACCUCGCAUUCCCAAAAGCCUGCUCUCAAAGCGCAAAGGUCAAAGCUUCUCUCUUUCUCUCUCUCUUGCUCUUGUUUUCUCGCCAUCACUGCUGAGGUGCUCUCCUCUGACCCGUUUCUAGGGUUUCUCGAGACUAGCGAAGGCUCGGCGUCACCAAAUCCAAGCUCCAGAUCCAGGGCUGAGGCGGAGAUGGAGGAGUUUUAGCUGGAGAUUGGAGAUCGGGGGUGCUAGAAACCCUAGGUGAGAAUGGGAAGUACAUGGAGGAAGGCUAAGCUCGCUUUAGGGCUUAAUCUGUGUGUCUACGUUCCCAGAACCUUAGAUGAUGAUGUCUCUCCUCCAUCUGAAGAGCCGGAGACGAGGUUCUCGACUGCUGUUGAUGGUUCGCCGGCUGCCGGCGGCUCGGAUUUUGGGGUUCUCAUGCCUACUACUCCAGUUCCGACUUCUUCUGGCCUUCGGCUGUCUAAAUCAGGCAGCCGAUCCUCAAAGCGAACAUGUGCUAUUUGUCUGGGCACUAUGAAACCUGGCCAAGGUCAUGCUCUCUUCACUGCAGAAUGCUCCCACACAUUUCAUUUCCACUGCAUCACCUCAAAUGUGAAGCAUGGGAAUCAUGUGUGCCCAGUUUGCCGGUCAAAAUGGAAGGAGAUCCCUUUCCAAGGACCCCCAGCUUCUGAGCUUCCUCGUGGAAGAACCAGAGGGAACCCGCUGAAUGGCCCACAAGAUGAUGGCUUUAUGACUAUCUUGCGCCGACUUCCUCGUGUUGACUCUUCCAACCGACCACAUCAUCUCACUCCUCUCUUCCAUGCUUCAGAACCAGGUGUAUUUGAUGAUGAUGAGCCUUUGGACUCCCAUACUGAAGCGACCAAUGAUUCUCAGCAUGGGUGUAUUAAGACAGUAGAGAUUAAGACAUACCCUGAAUUCUCAGCUGUUCCGCAGUUAGCUUCUGAAGAGAACUUUUUUGCUUUAAUCCACCUUAAAGCCCCUCUUGCUAGUACAAGGGAGAUAUCUGGCCAAAAUAUCCAGUCGAACCUGCCAGCCUCACAAACCACCCGUGCUCCUGUUGACCUUGUUACUGUGCUUGAUGUUAGUGGCAGUAUGGCUGGCACUAAGCUUGCCCUAUUGAAAAGGGCUAUGGGUUUUGUGAUUCAGAAUCUUGGACCAGCUGAUCGGCUUUCAGUCAUUGCCUUUUCAUCCACUGCACGGAGGCUUUUCCACCUUCGUCUGAUGUCUGAAUCUGGCCGGCAACAAGCCCUUCAAGCUGUUAAUUCCUUGGUCUCCAGCGGUGGAACUAACAUCGCUGAGGGCCUUCGGAAGGGUGCCAAAGUAAUUGAAGAUCGAAAGGAGAAAAAUCCAGUGUGUAGCAUCAUCCUUUUGUCUGAUGGUCAAGACACUUACACAAUCUCUGCUGCUACUGGUAGCCGCCAUGCACAGCCUGACUAUCGAUCCCUUGUGCCAUCAUCUAUCCUUGGUGGCUCAGGGCAUCAAAUUCCAGUACAUGCCUUUGGUUUUGGUGUGGAUCAUGACUCUGCCUCGAUGCAUUCGAUCUCAGAAACAUCUGGUGGGACCUUUUCUUUUAUUGAGGCUGAAGGUGUGAUCCAGGAUGCAUUUGCACAGUGCAUCGGUGGUCUUCUGAGCGUGGUGGUGCAGGAAAUGCGGGUGGGGGUGGAAUGUGGGCAUCCUGGUGUGCGCAUCAACUGCAUUAAAUCUGGCAGCUACCCUAACCAAGUAGUGGACAAUGGUCAUGUGGGAUCGAUCAAUGUCGGGGACUUGUAUGCUGAUGAAGAGAGGGAUUUCUUGGUCUCUGUUGCUGUUCCCCCCAGCAGUGAAGAGACUGUGCUGCUGAAAGUGAAUUGUGUUUAUAGAGAUCCAGUAUCCCAGGAGAUGGUUCAUCUACAAAGUGAAGAGGUGAGGAUCCAAAGGCCAGGAUCUCUAAUGGCACAGGCAAUGUCAAUUGAGGUUGAUCGACAAAGAAACAGGCUUCGGGCUGCAGAGGCUAUGGCAGAUGCUAGAAUUUCUGCUGAGAGGGGCUCGCUCUCAGAAGCAGUAUCCAUACUGGAGGGCUGCCGGAAGAUGCUUGCAGAGUCUCUUGCAGGCCGGUCAGGUGAUCAGCUCUGCUCAGCACUCGAUGUGGAGCUGAAGGAGAUGCAGGAUAGGAUGGCCAGCCGGCAGCGGUACGAAGCUUCUGGACGAGCUUAUGUGCUAUCUGGGCUGAGUUCGCACUCAUGGCAGAGGGCAACAACCCGUGGGGACUCGACAGAUAGCAAUAGCCUUGUUCAUGCUUACCAGACCCCAUCUAUGGUUGACAUGCUGCAGAGGUCCCAGACAUUUAGUCCUUCAGUCCGACGCCCAAAUCCACCGAUCAGACCUUCAAGGUCCUUCCCAGCAAGACCACAACCUAGGUAACUUCAGCAUUCUUCUUCGCAAAUAACCAAAGAGAAUGGAAUGAUUUUGUCCUAGUUUUUGUUCAAUACCUCCCUAUUUCCUUCUGGUUUUUGGUGGUGGGUGUGGAGACAUAUUGGAGAAAAGAAAAAUUCAGCAGGAGCUAUGGAUUGCUAUUUACAUUGUGAAGGGGUGUAAUUUGUGUAUUGUAAAUGAAUAAGGAUUGGAUAGGUGGAUGAAAAUGGAAGGGGUGGAUGGUGAAAGGAGGUGCUGCUUAUUAUUGAGUUGGGAUUUUUUUUUUUUUGGGCUAAAUUAUCUAGUGGUUUUUAUUUUUUUCCUUUUUUUGGUGAUGUAUAUAAGAGAAGGCUUUCCCUUCGAAUAUUGGGUGGUAUAAGGGGUGUACUCUGGGGGGUGGCAUUCUUCUCUUGGUAUAAUACUUGAUGCUCUCUAUAUUUGUUCCA